CCCUUCUGUUGUCUGCGACAGGUUGGACUUGGGGUGGCGCAGUUGGAAGGGCGGAAGGUCGGGAUCGUAGAUCCGUGGCAGGCGAGCUGCUCCUGGAGGGAGGGUAGAGGCGGGCGGCGCGGGGAGAGGCAGCGGCUGACGUGGGGCUGCACCGUCUGCGGCGGCGACCCUCGCACGGAGUGUGUGUGUGUGUGUGUGAAGUCCCCGCUGGCCGCCUCUUCCACCACCACCACCACCACCACCACCAUGGCAACUCCAGCAGACUCCGUUUCAGGUGAUCAAAAUGAGAAUUCAAGAGAAGAAUCGGAUAAAUGGACAAAAUCUCAGAUUUUCACACUGAUAUCUGCAGCAUCAAUGAACUUUAGCUCCAUGGUUUGUUAUUCAAUUCUAGGACCUUUCUUUCCAAAAGAGGCAGAAAAGAAAGGAGUCAAUGCCAGUAUUGUUGGAAUGAUUUUUGGUUGUUUUUCUUUAUUCAAUUUAACAUUCUCACUGAUAAUGGGAAAAUAUAUUGUGCAAAUUGGUGCAAAAUUUAUGUUUGUAUCUGGUAUGCUUAUUUCCGGUUGCUGCACUAUUCUUUUUGGCUUAUUGAAUUUAGCUCCAGAUGGACCCAUAUUUAUCUCUUUGUGUUUCAUCGUAAGAUCAGUAGACGCAAUUGGGUUUGCCGCAAGCACCACUGCCUCGUUCUCUAUACUUGCUGCAACUUUUCCAAACAAUGUUGCUACAGUACUGGGAUCUCUGGAAAUAUUCACCGGACUUGGCCUAACAUUGGGUCCACCAAUUGGAGGCUAUUUGUAUGAAUCAUUUGGGUAUCAAAUUCCUUUUGUUUUGCUGGGAUGUGUUGUUCUGUUCAUGGUACCUUUGAACAUGUGCAUUUUACCAAGAUGUGAUGGAGUUAUCAGUAAUGCCAGUUUUUGGAAGCUAAUUUUACUCCCUAAAGUAACUCUAAUGUCCCUGAUUAUAUUUUCCAUAAGUUCAUGUAUUGGAUUCCUGGAUCCCACCAUAUCACUGUUUGUUAUUGAUAAGUUCAAAUUAAAUACUGGAUCUGUGGGACUGGUAUUCCUAGGGCAUGCUCUGUCAUACGCAAUAUCCUCUCCAUUUCUCGGAUGUCUGUCUGAUAAAAUACCAAGAAUUAGAAAAUGGCUGGUGUUGAUUGGAAGUUGGCUGAUUGCAUUGAGCUUUCUGUUAUUGGGGCCAGCACCCAUUUUCCAUAUUAAGAGCCAGCUGUGGUUGUUUAUUUCAAUGCUAGUGGUAACCGGGUUUUCACUUAGUUUGUGUGGCAUUCCCCUUUUUCCAGAAGUCCUUACCUGUGCUUAUGAAAAUGGAUUUGAAGAAGGUCUUGGCACUUUAGGUAUAGUGUCUGGAAUAUUUGGAGCAUUUUGGUGUCUUGGAUCAUUUGUAGGUCCAACAUUGGGUGGAUACUUAUAUGACAAAUUGAAUUUUGAGUGGGCUGCAGCUAUACAAGGAGGUUUUCCAUUUGUAUUUGGUACACUAUUGGGUGUGUACUUUAUAGUGGAAAUGCUGCACAGAAGGUCGCAUUCUGGAAGCAACAUAGAAGAAGAAAGAAAGCGACUAAUAUCAAAUUGAAUGUGGAAGCUUACAAGAUUUACAUGGACUAUGGUUUACCUGGAGAUCAAUUUUUAAUUAUUAGGAUGUCCAUAAACCCCUUUAAUGAGCAACUUAACAAGUGUUUGGACAUUUUAUAUUACUAAUUAUUCUUCUAUUUGAUGAUAAUUGAAUUUAAAUACUUUAUAUUGCUGCUACAAAGUACAAUAUGGAAUGCAGAUUUCUAAUGUAGAAAUGUGAAAAUUGCAUUCUCCCGAUGUAAUUUGAAGUCCUUCACUACAAUCAACCUGUCACAGAUAAAGCCAGCACUUGGAACUCCAUUCUGUUCAUUCACUUCCUAACUUUGAAUGUGUGCAAUCCUUUCUCAUAAACUUUAAACGCAGCAGUGUGUUUUCUGAAAA